UUGAGGUUCAGCAUGGAGAUCUUUGUCAGACAUGUGGAGCUGCUGGGCUUUGAGAAACGCCUCUUCCCAAGUCAGCAUUAUGUAUACUUGCUGAUGGUGAAGUGGAGUGACCUCUCAGAGAAGCUGAUCUACAGGAGAUAUCCUGAGAUUUACACCUUCCAUAAAACUCUGAAGGACAUGUUCCCCAUCGAGGCUGGCCAAAUCGAAAGAAGAAACAGAAUCAUCCCUUCGUUACCAGCCCCCAGGUGGCUGGAUAGCCAGAAGUCCACAGAGACCAGGCAAAGCACAUUGGCUGAGUACUGCCACGCUCUCAUCAACCUACCGCCCCACAUCUCCCGCUGCAAACUGGUCUGCAGCUUCUUCACAGUCCGAUCGGAGGACGAGAACCCACCUGCCCCACAAGCGUCCAAAAGAAAUGAGUCUGAUGUGGCGUCCAAAGAAAGUCCCAGAAACAUUGUGUCAGAGAUCUCUGGCCCAAUUAUACUGGACACCUACAGGGUGAUUGCUGACUACAGCAAGACUUCAAAAUAUGAGAUUGAUCUUCACACUGGGGACCUGGUGGAAAUUGUAGAAAAGAGCCCUAAUGGCUGGUGGUUCUGUCAGUCUGAGCUGAAGCGAGGCUGGGUUCCUGCCUGCUACCUGGAACCUCUGGAUGGGCCAGAGGAGGCUGAAGAUGCUGAGCCAAAUUAUGAAGGUGAGCUGUACGUUACCACCAGGAGCUACGAGGCAGAGCACGAGGAUGAAAUCUCUCUGAAGACCGGGGAAACCAUCGAGGUCAUCCACAUGCUUCUGGAUGGCUGGUGGGUUGUCAGGAAAGGGGAGGAGACUGGCCAUUUCCCCUCUAUGUUUCUCCAGAAAGCCAACAAGAAGGAGCUCUCUGAGUUCGAGAAGCUCGGCUUCCAGAAAAAGACCCCACCACCUCGGCGGUCCACCAUCAAAAAUGCCCAAAGCAUCCACAACCGCAAUCGCCGGAGGCUCAGCCAGGAUGUCUACCGUAGUAACAGCCGUCGCUUCCUCCAGCAGAGAGGAAGUCACCUUAGUAAGCCCAGGACAUCUACAAAGACCUCCUCAAGGUCCCCACUACAAGAGAGGAAGAACCAAGGCAAUAUCCCUGAGCUGUCAGGCUCCAGCUCUGAGGGGGAGCCGAAGAAAGUUGCACCUAUUGUGCCCCCUCGGCCAAGCCCGGAGCUCAUCAUGGAGCGCUGCACGGACAGCACACGCAAAAAAGUCAGCAUCCGCAAGUCCAGUUCUGAAUCAGCCAACUAAGGACUUUAGGAAGGUUUAGCUACGUGCGUGCAGAAAUUACACUUUCUGUAUGUAGGCCGAUGCACAGCAAAGUAAAGCUAGAAUUUAACACUGUAGCCAGUGUGUUUUUAUACCUGCUUUUAAUACCAUAAAACCAAUUUUCACUUGUCUUUUCUGUCCAUAAGCAUGACUGAAUUAGCGAGUUUUUCUUUUUUUCAAUACCAACUGGCAUAGUGAAUAUUAUGGCGGGCAGAGAUAAGAGUUGAUGGUCUUGGUUUUGUUCACUGUUAAUCUAAAACAACACACAACUGCACACAACUGCUUAUCAUACUAGUAUGAUUUUAGCCUUUAACCUCGCCAUUGCAUUUCCUUCCGCAUGUGCUACCAGGGUUCAACUUAGCAGUUCAGAGUCCCAUAAGGUUACAUAGAGUUGUAGGCCUAUUCUGUGUGUGUGUGUGUGUGUGUGUGUGUGUGUGUGUGUGUGUUUUCUUAAACAAAGUCUCUCGCAGAAGCAAAUAUAUGCAUGAAAGAGUUUUGGGUUAGGUUCAUGGAAAUAUAAAACAGUACAAAAAAUAACAAAGGUAACAUAUCAAAACAGAAAGAAUAAUAGCACUUUUGUUUCAUCAGUAUAUGAAUUGGAGAAACUAUUUUCAAGCAUUUUUUUUAGUUUUAUGUACAUUUAAUGCUAUAAAGGUUAUUUAUUUGUUGAAUAAAUGUGAUUCUAAAAUAAAAUAAUUUCC